AUGGAAGCGGCUCUCGCAUCUCUACCGAUGAAUCUAAGCGAAACAUACGGGCGCAUGAUCGAGAAUAUACCACGAGAGCUCGCACGCGACGCUAUACGCCUCCUACAAUUUCUAGUGCACUCUAAGCAGCCUCUUACGCUGACCGAGGUCAAAGAAAUCAUAGACACGCAAAUCGAAACCGAGUCGCCAGGUUUUGAUAUCAAGCGUCGAUUAUUCUACGAGACUGAUGUUUUACACUACUGUCCCGGCUUAGUGACAGUCGUUGAUGCGGCCGAUAAACAGCUACAUCUUGCCCACUUUACCGUCAAAGAAUACCUUGUCGGAGAGCAUCAGUUCAAUAUUACGGCUGCUAGUAUUUCCAUCACCAAGACAUGCCUAGCUUAUCUUACGGGCAUUAGUCCCAGUCACAGAGAGAUGCAUCGAGAUUUUCCGAUGGUGUAUCGUGCGGCGGAUUUCUGGGCACGCUAUGCUAUGUUGGCUCAAGAUUCGGAAGCUAUAGUUCGAGCGACAAUUUGCUUCUUGGAAGAGGAAGCGACGUUCCAACUCUGGACUCGCUUGUAUGAGCCUGAUUGGCUAUUUCAAAAUACUCCAGGCUCACCAAGAGGUUCCAGACUCUAUUAUUCUUGUUUUCUUGGGCUUGUAGCGACAGCACGAUAUCUCAUAGACAAGGGAGCGGGCGUCAACGCGCAAGGUGGCGUUUAUGGCAACGCCCUUCAGGCUGCCUCAAUUGAAAGCCAUCAGGAGAUUGUUCAACUACUCCUAGAUAAAGGCGCAGAUAUCAACGCGCAAGGCGGCGAACAUGGCAACGCCCUCCAGGCUGCCACAUAUAUCGGCCAUCAAGGGAUUAUUCAACUACUCCUGGAUAAGGGGGCAGCCAUCAACGCGCAGGGUGGCAAAUAUACCAACGCCUUCCAGGCUGCCUCACUUCAAGGUAAUCAGGCGAUUGUUCAACUGCUCCUGGAUAAUGGAGCAGCCAUCAACGCGCAGGGUGGCAAAUAUAGCAACGCCCUCCAGGCCGCCUCAUUUAGAGGCCAUCAGGAGGUUGUUCAACUGCUCCUAGAUAAGGGGGCAGAUGCCAACGCGCAGGGUGGCAAGUUUGGCAAAGCCAUCACGGCCGCAUCAGAUCGAGGCCAUCGGGAGAUUGUUCAAUUGCUAUUAGAUCAUGAAACAAAGGCAAUAUAG